CCUGUGGUUACCAAUCAAUUGGUACAACAGAGCAGAGCCAGGCUGCAAUAGCGUGCAGAUCAGACGCCUCGCCUUGUUUCUAGAUAACUGGGAGCCUCUGUACCAUGUCCUAUCCUCAGUUUGGCUACCCUUACUCCUCUGCACCCCAGUUCCUGAUGAGCACCAACUCCCUGACGACCUGCUGCGAGUCCAGCAGCCGGACGCUGGCUGAGACGGGGGCGGCCGCCUCCGCCCAGACCCCCGUGUACUGCCCGGUGUACGAGAGCCGCCUGCUCGCCACCGCCCGACACGAGCUCAACUCCGCCGCCGCCCUGGGGGUCUACGGCGGACCCUACGCCGGGCCCCAGGGCUAUGGAAACUACGUGACCUACGGUACCGAGGCUCCCGCCUUCUACUCCUUGAACAGUUUGGACGCGAAGGACGGGAGCGGCUCUGCGCAUGCGGGCAUCGCCCCGGCGGCUGCCUACUACCCCUACGAUCACACCCUCAGCCAGUACCAGUACGACAGGUACGGGACGAUGGACGGCGGGACGCGGAGGAAAAACGCCACCCGAGAGACGACCAGCACGCUGAAGGCCUGGCUGCAGGAACAUCGCAAGAACCCCUACCCCACCAAGGGCGAGAAGAUCAUGCUGGCCAUCAUCACCAAGAUGACCCUCACCCAGGUCUCCACCUGGUUCGCCAACGCCCGCCGGCGGCUCAAGAAGGAGAACAAGAUGACCUGGCCCCCGCGGAACAAGUGCUCUGACGAGAAGCGGCCCUAUGAGGAAGAGGAGGAGGAGGAGGAGGAGGGUUCGCAGGAAGAGACGAUGAAGAGCGGGAAAGCCGAGGAACCCACGGGCAAGGAGGAGAAGGAACUGGAGCUCAGCGACCUGGAGGACUUGGACGCCGCCGAGUCGGAGAGCUCGGAGUGCGAGCUGAGGCGGCCCUUCCCACACCCGCUCCCGCAUCCGCAUCCGCACCCGCUCCCGCUCCCGGGCGGCAGCCACCCGCCGCGGACCGCCGAGCUCCCCGCCAAGAUGCCGCCGCCGGCUGCCGCCAGGGAGGAGGAAGAGGAGGAGGAGGCGGCGGCAGAGCGGGCGCGGAGCUGCCUGAAGACGGCGGCGGAGGAGUGCGGCCCCGACCCGCUGGGCGCUCGGCAGCGCGGCUGCGAGUCCAAGAUGUGCUUCCAGCAGGGGCAGCAGCUGCUGGAGGCGAAGCCCAGGAUUUGGUCCCUGGCGCACACUGCCACCUCCCUCAACCAGGCCGAGUACCCCUCCUGCAUGCUGAAACGGCCGGGGGGCUCGGCCGCCGCCGCCGCUCCCGCCCCGGUCAGCGUCAUGGACAGGCACCAGGACUCGCCGGUCACCAACCUCAGGAACUGGGUGGACGGGGUGUUUCACGACCCCCUGUUCAGGCACAGUACUUUAAAUCAAGCCCUGAGCAACACAACAGUUUCCUGGGCUACCACCAAAGGAGCCAUUCUGGAAACGGGCGCCUUGGGACGCGCGGUGGGGAACGGCGCCAAUGUGCUCAAGGGGCAGCUCUCAAACCUGGCCCACCAUGACUCAAACAAAGAGUUUCUGGCGUUUCCCAAAUCAGGAAGCAAAAUGUUUUGUUCCUAACAGGCCCGCCGAGGGGCAAAGGACUUUCUAACGCUUGAAGAGUCAGCUACACUGAAAAGAGACUUGCAAGAGUUUAAAUUUAAAUAUAAAACUUUUUCUUCUUUUUUUUUUUUUUUUUUUUUUUUUUUUAACAAACAACAUAAACGAGGAUUUAAAGUUCAGUUUGCUCAGUUCAACGGAAAGACUUUGCUCAUUGCUGUUCUGAACAUUUUCUCCUGGCUGCGACUUUAAGGGAUCAAUGUCGUGAAAGUUAUUUAAUUCCAUGUCCAAAAAGCACGUACUAUAGUGUAGACCUACUUUAAAAGUUUACAUCCGAAAGUUUACAAACGGGAAAUUUUAAUUCAGAUUUAAUUUAAGGCAUGCCGACAUUAGUUGUAAAGACUUUUCGAGAGUUUUUCCUCCUGAUUUCCUUGUUAGCAUAUAAUUCACAAACAGCACUUCUACUAAGUUUACACCUACUGCACAAAUUUAUCUUGACAAAAAAAAAUAUGUUAAAAGGUAUGCACACUCCAAUAAAUUGUCUGUUUCAG